AUGGGGAUGGGGGUGGGAGGAGGGGAGGCGGCGGCGGCGGUGGCGGUGGGGGAGGAAGGGAAGGAGGAGGGCAAGGGGUGGCGCGCCAAGUCGAAGCUGAGCGCGGCGGUAGGGGUGGCGCUGGCGUUGAGCGGGGUGCUGGUGCUGCACCGCAGCCUCCGCCACAACGCGCUGGUCAAGGCCGAGGAGGGCAUCGUGUGCAUGUGCGAGGAGCGCGCCCGCAUGCUGCAGGACCAGUUCGCCGUCUCCGUCAACCACGUCCACGCCCUCGCCAUCCUCGUCGCCACCUUCCACUACGAGAAGCAGCCGCCCGCGCUCGACCAGAACUGUGGUGCUUUGAGAUGCCAGAAGGAUAGGAAGUUCUUCAUCGAUCUUUCGAAAGACUUCAUCACUAAAACGGCGCCCAAGCCUAGUUCGAUUGCUUCGCCGCCUUCCUUCACCAAGUUGGGUUCGUGACGGCCCGACCUGACCCAUCCCUCUUCGGUCUCAAGCGCGCCGACGAGUGUGCGUACCUCCUGUUGUACAGCGACGACAUUGUCAUCACAGCGUCGUCAAUGUCUCUCCUCCAUCGACUCCAGCAACAGCUCCUUUCCGAGUUCACCAUGAAAGUCUCGGCCCCUUGUACUACUUCUUCACCAUACGCGUCUCCCACACCAACGUCGGCUUCUUCCUAUCACAAGGCAAGUAUGUCGCAGAGCUGAUGUACCGCACCAACAUGCUGCAGUGCAAGCCGGACAACACACCCGUCGACACGCGUUGCAAGUUGUCCGCCGAUGCGUGGGCCCCGACCGAGGACGCCUCGGACUACCGCAACAUUGUGGGUGCAUUGCAUUAACUAAAUACAACAAAAGGAGAUUCAAAGUUAGUCCGAGUGAAAGGAAAUAAGUUAAACAAAAAGAGAUUCGGGGUUAGUCCCAGUCAAAGAAAAUAAAUACAACCAAAACGAAUUGUUGAGGAAAUCAUUAAUUAACUGGUAGUUGCUCGGUUGGUCUACGAGUAGAUGAUUAAUAGGCUAAUCAGCAAGUUAAUUCGCCAAUUAAUUAAUUAAUCAAGCGAUUUAUGAGUGAUUUAUGAGUUAAUCGGCUACUCGAUGACCCAAUGAAUUCAGAGCUAGCCCGAGUCAAA